AUGUCUGGACUAUUGUUGCCUGCUGGAUGGAAGGAAACAUACGAUCACACUACACAACGAUAUUACUAUGUCGAAACAGCAUCAGGAAGAACAUCAUGGCAACCGCCGCACGCUUCAUACUCUGAUAACCAUUAUUAUAAUGCUGCAAACGUGAAUCAACAUCAACCACCAUCAUGUUCAAAUUCGAAUGCACAUUAUUCUGUCGGUCAGACUUAUCAUAAUAAUCAGCUUCAAUCUCCUCAAUAUAACGAUAAUAAAAAUUCUUCUCCACAGCCUUUUUAUUUUGUUAUCCCACAGCAACAACAGCCUCAGCAUCACGCAAAUAAUCAAUUAUCACAUUCCAACCAAAUUCUUUAUCAAAAUCAACAACAUUCAAUAUCGCAAUAUUCUACAACUCAUCAUUCUCAACAACAGCAACCGCCAUUUUUUCAGCAUACACAUAACAUUAAUAAAGCAUUUCCUGGUGGAUUUGUUCUUCCGGAUCAAAAUCCAUUCUACAAGAUUCAAACUACGCCACAGAAUUCCGGAUUACCGACGAAUUUAUCUCAACAAACGUUACCUCAAUCGCCUCAACAAUCACAAAAUCAUCAACAAAUACCUAAUUCAUUAAAGCCUGGUUCUCGUAUUUCUCUUUCACAGCCAAAUAAUUCGCCGAUACAGAAACAACAACAAAUGUUACCUCAAUCGCCUCAGCAAUCACAGAAUCAUCAACAAAUACCUAAUUCAUUAAAGCCUGGUUCUCAUAUUUCUCUGUCGCAGCCAAAUAAUUCGCCGAUACAGAAACAACAAGCGUUACCUCAAUCGCCUCAACAAUCACAAAAUCAUCAACAAAUACCUAACUCAUUAAAGCCUGGUUCUCAUAUUUCUCUGUCGCAGCCAAAUAAUUCGCCGACACAGAAACAACAACAAGCGUUACCUCAAUCGCCUCAGCAAUCACAAAAUUAUCAACAAAUACCGAAUUCAUUAAGGCCCGGUUCUCAAACUUUUUUCCCACAGUUAAAUAAUUCAUCGAUACCGAAACAACAACAAACCUUACCUCAAUCACCUCAGCAGUCACAAAAUCAUCAUCAGAUACCGAAUUCAUUAAGACCUGGCUCUCAAAUUAUUUCGGACCAACAAGGGAAAAAAGACAAUAAUAACAAUCAAAAAUCAUCAGAAAGAGAAAAAACAAACGAAGAACUUCUCGAAGAAUUUGAAGAGGCUGCAUAUCGAGCAGCAUCAGAGCGACACAAGGGAGAAUUAGAGAAAAAAAUACGUGAGAAACAAGAAAGGGAGCAACAGAAACGAAGAAAAGAAUUAGAAGAUCGAUUGCAUCAGCAACAACAGCACGAGCGGAGACAAAGUCCAUCGAUGUCUAAUCAUGCGAGUACGCUUGCUGAAAAAAUAAAAAUAUAA